ACCUUUACUUAGUUGAAUAGAAUGCCCACAGCGACAUUUCAAACUCCGCUUGUUGAAAAAAGUAUCAAAGCUAAAUAUAAGCUAAUAGCCGGGGACGAGGCACUGAAAUGGUGCGGUAUAAAUACGGUCCUGUGUGUGGUAUUCGCUCUACGACUCGGCGGUUACUUCAUCUCCUCAAUCGUAGAACUAUCUCCUGAUCAUAUUUUGUAUGGGCAAUAUCUCGAGAUCUCACUGUCAGUUGUGUGUGGAGUGUCAGCAAUAUGUGACGUCAUCACCUACGUCAGCAGCCGCAAGUUUAAAGAGGAUCUCACUGCUCUCUCCCCUACUCAAUCUCUCCUUCUUAAUAUUAGAUCUUUAGCUCGACCUGUUGUUAAAAUAUGCGAGAACACUCCCAACAAAGCGAUUAACACGAGUAUGCUCUCCUCUCCUGAGCACAACUCGUGUCACAGUGCUCCAGUAACCCCGCAUUUACUCGUCUCCAACCAACCGACCAGGGAACCCUUCACUCCUCCUCUCUCCACCUCUCUCAACCCUAACUCCAACAUGACUCUCAGCACUUCCAACAUGACUCUCAGCACCUCCUUCCAGUCUAACUCCUCAUUCCAUUCUAUCAGCUCCAAUAUGAGUUUCUCAACACCAGCUCGAGACGGGGACAGCAACUACCACUUCUCGGCCUCUCCUAAAAUCCGAAAGAGAGUCUCCGACCUGAACAAUUUAUCUGAGUACCUGAAGGAGUACGAGGAGAAGGAGAAGUGGCUGUCACGUGGUAGUUCUGACAGGAGUCUGGCGGGAGGGUGGGCUCCACGACCCACAGAGACCUUGCCACCCCGACCCUACUUUCUAGCUACCCAGAACCAGAUAGUGUCUGUGUCAGGGGACACCAGCUAUUACAACCAGCAGGCAGCUGAUGCUCUCUUGGAGAGGUUGGGUGUCUCCCCCCAUAGUCUUGAUGUUUGGACCGAGAAUAUUCGGAAGUGGAUCUCGCAGACGAUAUUCCAGCACAUACACCGGGAGAUAAAGACAAUAAACAAAACACUAGACCAGGUGGGAUCAGCGGAGUGUAAGAUAGGGUCAGUCAGCACAGCGGUCCUCAGCAAGGUCUCCACCACUAAACACGAACACAUCAGCAAUAUUGCAUUGCUGUUACCGUACUUGGAGGUCAGUGUGAACCAGGAGUAUCUGGUGCACAGGAUGGGGGAACUAGCUAGUGGGAGCUGUGUUGGGAGUUUUCGGUGGGAAUCAGGUGGAAAGUACAAGAACAGCCUCUGGAACAAGGAGUUACCAACUGACUCCCAGAUAGUUAUGCACUGUAUCUCUACCUACCUCGACUCUCACCUCCCCAGAAACCCUAUGUACCCAGAGGGCCGUACCUUCACGACACAGUACUUUGUCCAGACACCCAUCAAAGCGGAAACCAAGAAGAAGGAGUACGCUCUGUUCCAGUCGUCUAUUCACCCACCUCACUUUAAACUAUUAGUGGGGGAUGAGGUGUGGGAGGUCAGUAAAGGACGGAACAACCUGUUCCACACUCUAAUCUUAUUGCUAUACUAUCUGAGAGAGGAACAGCAUGGUAUGUUGGGUCCUGUUAACUUGGGUCCUACUGGACUUAACAUGACCUGGAUCAUUUCUUAAUGUUAUUGGACUUUACAUGACCUGGAUCAUUUCUUAAUGUCACUUGACUCAAGAUGACCUGGAUCAUUUAUUAAUGACAUGCAGUCUUGGAUGAUUUUCUGGGUAGAAUUGUUGAGGACGGUAUUAUUUAUCAUCUUGUCAUGGUUUGGGUGGAUCAUGUUUGCUAUGGCUGUUGUGUUCAGAAUAUGACCAUAUUUUUCUUAGAAGUCUCAGAUGACGAUGUUUUGAAAGUUUGUAUAGGGAGGGAUCUACUAACGUUUCUUUUUAAAGUCUAUCGUGAUUAGUUUGUAAUAAACAAACAUUUUACAAUUUUUAUCCGUCAGACGACUUAAAGCCUUGAAUUGUUCCGGGCUCCAGUUACUUUGAUAUUUAUUUCUUAUUUGUAUUUAAUGUUUUAUAAAUUAUAAAAAAAUUUGAAAUAAAACAACCUAUUAUAUAUUUCAUCAAA